CAUUUCUCAUUCUUCUUUUCUUUAACACACGCGUAUAUGACCUAUCUCACUUUGUACAAACUGCAGACGUUAGAGUGUAACAUAUUUUGUUGUGGUCUUUUACAUCUGACUUGCUUAUGAAUGAUCCAGUCUUUCUGUGUUUAUGAAAUUCCAAGUUACGCAGUUUAAGAUUGAGAAAGAGUUUAUUUAGAAUAAAAACAUUGAAAUAUAUAACACAAAUGGAUUUACAAUACAAAACAAUUCAUCCUGUGAAAUAUUUGCAUGACCAUCUCGAACAAGACAUUCGACCGGAUGGUAGAAAAUUCUUAUCAUUUCGACCAGUGAGCAUAAACGUCUCUUCAAUUGUUCAGGCAGACAGUUCAGCGAUAUUCAAGUUAGGUGAUACAACUGCAGUGUGUGGUAUUAAAGCUGAAUUAGCAACACCAAAAGCAGAUACUCCAGAUCAUGGUUACAUAGUACCAAAUGUGGAAUUAUCUCCUUUGUGCUCCUCAAAAUUUCGUCCAGGCCCACCAAGCGAACAAGCACAAGUACUUUCUAAAUUGAUAGAUAUUAUUUUGAAUAAUUCAGCAGCGCUUGAUUUGAGGGACCUUUGUAUCUGCAAGGGUAAAUUAGUAUGGGUUUUAUACUGUGAUAUUCUAUGUCUUAAUUAUAAUGGCUCGGUUAUAGAUGCUUGUACUGGGGCAAUGAUCGCUGCUCUCAAAACAUUGGUCCUACCCAAAGUAAAUUAUAAUAAGGAAACAGAAGUAACUGUUGUACAUCCAAAAAACAAAAAAUCGUUUAUCGUAAGAACGUUCCCAGUUUCCGUAUCGUUUGCAGUUUUUGAAAAACAAUUAUUAAUAGCUGAUCCUACAGAUGAUGAGGAAGACUUAUCGUCAGGAAGAUUUUCUAUUGUGAUGGAUGAUGAAGAAAAAAUUUGUUUUGUACAUAAACCUGGUGGAAUUCCAAUAUCUGAAAAUUUGCUUUCCAAAGGAUUAGAAAUGGCAAAGAUAAGAGCUAAGUUAGUUAGAUCAGUAAUCGAUGCUGCCAUCUCAACAUUGAAUGUAAAUGAUGUGGAGAUAAAUGCGUAAAUACUUCUUAAAAAAUAAAGUAAUAAUUUAUAUAUUG